AGUUUUUACUGAUUCUUGGAUUUUGGGCUUAUGGGGUUCUUAGUUUUUGCUGAUUCUUGGGAUUUGUAUUUGUGGAGUUUUGGUUAAAUGAGCUGACUUGUGAUUGUUUUCUGGGUGUUUCAUGUGUUUUUGCCUAAUAUUAUCAUGACGUGACUUUUGGAUAUUGUUAUACAUAUAUACACCUUAUAUAGAGAGAAAAAGUGGAGAGGAAGAGAGGGAAAAAAGCAUGUAUUCAGAUAAAGGAAAGCUUUUUAUUGGUGGGAUAUCAUGGGAAAAAACAGAGAAGAUGAAGGAGUAUUUUCAAGUGUAUGGUGAUGUUUUACAGACUGUAUUAAUGAGAGAUAAGAUUGCUGGAAAGCCUAGAGGAUUUGGUUUUGUUGUAUUUGCAGAUCCUAAUGUUCUUGAGAGAGUUCUUAAGGACACUCAUGUAAUUGAUGGCCGUACGGUUGAGGCUAAGAGGGCCUUGUCCAGAGAGGAACAGGGUCCAAAAUCUGGAAAUGUAGGUAGUGCUAGAAGUUUUGGAGGCGGUGGAAAUAACAGGACCAAGAAAAUAUUUGUUGGUGGAUUGCCUCCCACGCUGACUGAGGAUGGCUUCAGAACUUACUUUGAAACUUAUGGUAAUGUCACUGAUGUAGCAAUUAUGUUUGAUCAACAGACCAGCCGACCUCGUGGGUUUGGCUUCAUUUCCUUUGAUUCUGAAGAUGCAGUAGAUAGGGUUUUACACAAGACAUUUCAUGAUCUCAGUGGGAAACAAGUGGAAGUAAAGCGUGCUCUUCCAAGAGAUGGUAGUUCUGGUGGUCGUUCCACGGGCAACGGUGGUAGUGGUAUGGGUGGUGGAAGUUACCAGGGGUAUGGUGCAUCUGGUGACAAUCCCAGUUCUUAUGACAGAAUGGAUACCAACAGAUACAUGCAGUCACAAAACACUGUAGGUGGCUAUCCACCUUAUGGUUCCUCCGGAUAUGGUACACCGGGUUAUGGUUAUGGAUCGUCCAACAAUGGCAUGGGUUAUGGUGCUUAUGGAAGUUACGGUGGAGCCAAUCCUGGCUAUGGGGCUGUCAAUCCUGGAUAUGGUGGUCCAGCAGUUGCUGCAGCCUUCGGAAAUCCAAAUGUGCCUGGUGCUGGUUAUGGUAGCGGUCAAGCUGGUGGAUCAAGAAGCUCGUGGGGUUCUCAGGGUCCUUCUGGAUAUGGGAACAUGGGCUAUGGUAAUGCAUCAUGGGGUGCUUCAAAUGCUGGUGGUGGAGGUGGACCCGCUAAUGGAGGAUCUGCUGUUGGUCAGUCUCCAGCUGGAGCCACGGGUUAUGGAAAUCAAGGUUAUGGCUAUGGUGGAUAUGGUGGAGGUGAUGGUGCUUAUGGAAAUCCAGUUGGUGGAAGUGGUGCAUCGGGAGACAUGCAAUCAGGUGGUGGGGGUUACAUGGGCAGUGGCUAUGGCGAUGCUAGUGGAAAUUCACAAGGUUCGGGUAAUUAUGGUGCUCAGCAAAAUGGACCUCAUGGUGGCCAAGUUGGAUAUGGUGGUGGCUAUGGUGGUGCUCCAAGUCGGCAGGCUCAACAACACUGAUCACAGUGCUUGAUUUCAGCUGAGAACUUACCUAUUGCUGGAGUGGAACUUCACUUUCACGCUGCUGGUUUUGUUCCACAUACAGUUUACUCUUGCAAGCAUUACGCGCUCAAUGGGAUUGGUUGGAUUGCUUGAAUUUUAGUUUUUUGCAGUUCUUAUUCUAGUUUACAAUAAGUAAUUGUCAGUAGUAUUGCCUAUUUCGUAAUAUUUUCUGUUUAACUGUAGUUUUAAUUUGGCUUGCGUAUGGUUAUUUUUACUAGCUAUCUAAUGCAUCUCCUCUCGUAGCCUGUUAUGUCAAA